ACAUUAAUUCGUUUGAUUAUCGGCAACAAAUAGACGACAAAAAAAAAACACCUUUAAACAUACACAUGUAUGUAUGUUUGUAUUAAAGUUUGUGUAUUUUUAUUUGAUAUUUCUACUAUAAAAAAAGAAACAACACAAAACCGGCAUCUGACAGAUAAGAUACGCAAUUUCAUUUCACUUUGUUUAUCGCUUCGAUAUGUUGUUUGUCUAACUAAAAAACAGUCCACAAAAUGUUUUCUACCAACUAAAUAGGUUCUUUUUGGAUUUGAUUUGAAAAAUAGUAGGUAUUUGAAAAUUUUUUUGAAUGGUCAUUUAGUAUUUAAGAAGUUGCUACCGUUAUAAGACGUUCUAAAAGUGCAGUGGAAAAAGGGUGAUUGUUUAAUGCAUUGAAAAGAAAUGUCUACCAAUACUAAUAUAAGAAGACGCGUUUUACCGUCUCCCGAUCCCAGAGCAGCGGAUCCUCUAUUACAACGUACCCAAUCAACCGAUGAGAGUAAAGGUUUUCAACGUUUCUUUGUAAGACACAAUAAAAUCCAAUGGUAUUGGGCUCCUGUUUUCCUAUCAUUCUGGAUAUUAUUAUACUAUAGCAUUGCCAUACCGGCAUUUCAUCGUUUACCCAAACCAUUAAACAUUAAAGAUGAGGCUAAAUAUCCCGAUUCGUUUAUAGCUGAACGUGCAGAAAUUAAUCUACAGAAAUUGGUGGAUUUGGGUCCACGUGUUGUGGGUAGCAGUGCCAAUGAACAGGGAGCCAUUAAGUACUUUAUGAGUUAUGUACAAAAGCUAAAAUCGGAAGCUAAAGAUCUGUAUGAUAUCGAAGCUGAUGUACAAAUUGCUUCGGGUAGUUAUUGUCACUGGUCAAUGGUGAAUAUGUAUCAGAGUAUACAGAACUUUUUGAUCAAAAUUGGUCCUAAAGGUUAUAAUGGCACUUCGUAUUUGCUGGUGAAUAGUCAUUAUGAUACUGUACCUUUUGGACCGGGUGCUGGUGAUGAUGGUGCUAUGGUGGCUAUUAUGUUGGAGACCAUAAGAGUUCUAUCACAAUCGAAUAAUCCUUUAAAGAAUCCAGUGGUGUUUUUAUUUAAUGGUGCCGAAGAGAAUCCUUUACAGGCUUCGCAUGCUUUUAUUACCCAACAUAAAUGGGCGAAGAAUUGCAAGGCUUUAAUCAAUUUGGAUUCGGCUGGUAAUGGUGGUCGGGAAAUUUUGUUCCAAUCUGGCCCUAAUCAUCCCUGGCUUAUGAGACAUUAUCGCCGUGCUGUUGUUCAUCCUUAUGCCUCUACUGUGGCUGAGGAAAUGUUCCAACGUCAUUUUAUACCUUCUGAUACUGAUUUUCGUAUUUUCCGUGAUCAUGGCAAAGUUCCUGGUCUCGAUAUGGCUCAUCAAUAUAACGGUUAUGUUUAUCAUACUCGUUUCGAUCGUCCCGAAGUUUUACCCCGUGGUACUUUACAAAAUACCGGUGACAAUGUUUUAGCUUUGGUGCGUGAACUGGCCAAUGCUCCAGAAUUGGAAGAUAGUUCGAAAUAUGCCGAAGGUCAUACCAUUUUCUUUGAUGUUAUGGGUUCGUUCUUGGUUUUCUAUUCCGAAACUGAGGGUAUUAUUUUGAAUGUUGUGGUCUCAUUGGCUGCCUUGGCCGCUUGUGCUUAUUCCUUUAAAAUGAUGGCCAAUAAUGUGGGCGUAAAAUUGGUAACGGUUUUGAAACGUUCCAUGUAUACAUUUUUGGUGCAAGUUAUAGCUGUUUUAGCUGCUGCCACAUUAUGCUUCUUAAUGGGCAUAUUUAUGGACUUGAUACAUUUGCCCAUGUCUUGGUUUUCCAAUUCCUGGUUGAUUUUGGGUCUUUACUUCUGUCCUCUGUUCUUUGGUUUUGCCAUAGUUCCCGCGAUUUAUUUCCAUUACACACAAGAUGAUCGUUUCCCCAUUGGUCAUCGUGUACAGCUUUUGCUACAUUGUCAUUGCAUUUUCUUGGCCCUGUUGACUCUGGUAUUAACGAUUUGCAAAAUCCGUUCGGCCUUUAUGUUUAUGAUUACUUUGUUGUUCUAUACCUUGGGAUUGAUUGUUAAUUUGGCCACCAAACUGCAUAAUAAAGCAACUCCUUGGUUGAUUCCUCACAUCAUUUUUGGUAUACCUCCCUUCUUAUUCUAUGCCUAUGUUUGUCAUGGUUUCUUUGUUACCUUUAUACCCAUGACUGGUCGCUUUGGCGCUGGUGUUAAUCCCGAUUUGAUUAUUUGUGCCUUCACUGUUGGUGUGGGCGUUUUAACUGGAGGUUUCAUGAUUCCAGCUCUUAACAUGUUCCAUAGAUCAAAGACUAUAAUCUGUUCUUUGUUGGCUAUAACUUUGGUUUGUUUGAUUGUGGCUGCUACUCCAUUGGGAUUCCCCUAUAGACCCGAAACUAAUGUACAAAGAUUCUCUAUUAUUCAUGCUCGUCGUACUUUCCGUGAUAUGAAUAAUGAAGUUCGUCGUGUGGAAACCGGUUAUUUCAUAUUGCCUCAAGAUAGACGCAUAUAUACCGUUAAAAAUCAUGUUACCAAUAUGACUUUGGCCCAGUCCAUUGUGGAAGAUUGUGAGAAUGAAAUGUAUUGUGGUUUACCCUUGUACAAUCAUAGAUGGGUUAAAGCUAGAGCUUCUAGCGUCUGGAUUCCUGCGCCCAGUCCUACAUUCGAUUUAAUACCCUCGGUAAAGGUAUUGGCAAAAAAUCAAAUUAGUAAAACCAAAUUACGCUAUGACAUGGAAUUAACAGGUCCCGAUCAUAUGGGCCUAUUUUUGAGACCGGUAGGUGAUGGUAAAAUAACAAAUUGGUCAUUCCAUUGGACACCUUUGCGUAUGGGCUGGCAACCACCAUACUUUAUAUAUUUCUCUUAUGGUGUUAACGGAGAUCCCUUGAAAUUCUGGCUAGAGAUUGAGCGUAAAUCUGGCGACUGGAGUACUCCUGCUUUUGAAAUUGGUCUUACUGGUCAUUGGAAUCAUGACGAAAGUAAACAAACUGCUGAUUUUAAGAAAUUCUUAGCCAGUUUCCCUGAAUAUGUGGAUCCUAUAGCUUGGCCUGCUUCCUAUGAUACCUGGUAUUAUUAGGUUAUCGGAAGUGGGUUUUACUUAAUCCUGAGAGAAAUAUUUUUCAUUUAUUAUAGAUAAAAAUUUAAUAAAUAAAGUUUUUGUAUUUGCACAAUGUGCCUUUAAUAACAAUAA